AUGUCUGCCGUGAUAAACUCGCGACCACAUACUCUGCUUCACAAAAUUGAGGGACACGUAGCUCGUAUAAACGAUGUGAUUCUUCUCUCGAAAGAGGAAGGUGUUUGGACGGCGAGCGACGAUCGCUCCGUUAGACUCUACUUAAAGAGGGACACGGAGCAGUUCUGGCCUUCCAUUCACAAGAUCAUGCCCGUUGUGCCCACUUGCCUUCACUACAGCGAGGAAACGUCACGAUUGUUCGUUGGUCUUCUGAAUGGUAAUGUAUACGAGUAUUUUGUUGCUGACGACUAUAACUCCAUGAGUGAACCGGAAGUUCGAAGGUGGACCAUACAUGCGGGGCCAAUUUCUGGCCUAAAUGUAGCCCUGAAUGCUGAAUUGGUGUUUAGCUGUUCGAAGGACAAGUCCGUUGCAUGGCACUGUUCUGAGACAGCCAGGGAAAAUAAAAUUAACCAAGGUGCUUUUCACUGUGAUAACAGUUGCACAGCUAUGGCUAUUGAUCUACCAUUCGUCUUUAUUGGUGACCAUGGAGGGAAUGUCGAUGUGCUUAGGUUAACUGGAGAUUCAGCUCAAAUAGUCAGCAAACUAAGCGCACACACAGGACCAAUUUCUGCCUUGGCAUGGAAUCGAGUGAAAGAGAUUCUGUACUCAGGAAGUCAUGAUAAUUUAGUUAUAAUGUGGGAUAUCGGUGGGAAACGUGGAGAAGCCUAUGAACUCAACGGUCAUUCUUCAAAAAUUACGAGUUUGGUAGUUGCUCCUGGUGCUGCUCGGCUUUUCUCCGCCGAUGAUACUGGGAAACUUGUCUGUUGGGAUAUGUCAGCUGACAGGUUAGAAACACCAGGAUGGAAAAGCGCAGAUAACUGUGAAGUGUGCUGUACUCCUUUUUUCUGGAAUCUUUCCGCUAUGUUGCAACGGAGGGUUGUUGGACAGCGACAACAUCACUGCCGAACUUGUGGUAAGGCUGUCUGUGGAAGCUGUUGCUCAAAUUGGACAGUGUUUCCUCGUAUGGGAUAUGAGUUACCGGUCCGUAUAUGCAAUGUAUGUCACAAAAGCAUGGAGGAUAAUCCACAACAAUUCGACCUCACUCCACUUUCGGUUUCGCAUGAUCUUCGAAGUGGUGUAACAGCGAUGUAUUUACAAGAGACGAAAGGUAAACUGGUGACGGCUAGCCAAAAUAGAGUUAUUAUGAUUUGGGAUGUAAGGUGCAUGUUGUGA